AUGAAGGGUGCCUGCGUGCGCUUUGGCGAUGGUGCCCAAGUAGUGAACGUUCAACUUUUAGCGACCGCAGCACGAUCGGGAUCAUCUGAUAACAGCAACACGCGGAGAGGCAGAGCACAAGUUUGUACUGUCCUUUGCUCAUGGUACAACCCGUCGAGAGUCGUGUGGCUCCAUUACCGCAGCGACACAUGGGCCAGUAGGGCAAUCAAGCGAUUCGAUGGCAGGUUCGGCGGCCGCCAAUUCAAGACGAAGUUGCAACAGCCUCCUCAACACCAUGCCAAUGGGAAGGGGAUAUGGUCGGUCCAGCUGAGCAAUGUCGCUGCCGAUGUCACCCAAGAGCAAAUACAAGAACAUCUGCAAGGGGUUGUGCCAGACAAAAUCGUCAUGGGAAAAUCUACUUCAGAGGGCAUGGAAGCGAAGCCUGAGAAAUUUGUUCAAGAACUCUUCAGCCAAGCGAGCCACAAAGUGCGGUCUUUCGAGCGGGAGAAAACUGCAACCGGAUCCCGCACAAAGGCUUUUGCUCAGUUUGAACGAGCCUCAGAUGUUCGAGCAGUCCUUGCCUACAACGGCCUCGAAUUUCCCGAGAUAGGCUCCAAGCUCUAUGUCGACCAGGUUGCCGCCGUGAGGGUGCCGGUCGCGGAAGAGCUCUAUGCCAUCAUCGAGGGUAAAGUGUCAAGGCUACAAGCCAACAAUAAAGAUGGAGUGAGGAUUUCUACACACCACCGCCCACUUUCUAAAAUGGUCGAUCUGCGCAUUUAUGGCUCCAAGUUGGAAGCUGUUGCCCGAGUCAAAGCCCAGCUGGCCCAGAUUUUGGUCGGCACAGUGGUCCUGAACGAUUGCGGCACUGCGUUAUGGCAUGAAUUCUUCGCCUCAGACGCAGGCGUCACCGCUCUACAAGCUAUUUCCAAGCCUGGCGAGGUCUUUCUCUACAGAGACAUGCGAAAGCUUCAGCUGGGAUUCUUCGGCACGCCAUCCCUCUUGGAAAAGGUCCGUCGUGCUGUCAUUCAUAUUCUCACGUCGCACAUGUCGUGUUACUUGCUGUCCCUGGAAGGCGAGCUUUUUGGUGAAGCGCUCUCAGGAGGUCUACGUCGUGUCAUCAGACGCUUCGGCAAGAAGAACGCCUGGUUGGAUAUCCUUUGUACACCGCCUGCCAUGUUAUUCAGAGGAAGCCCUCAGCAUUUCGAAGUCGCCAAGUUACUGAUCACUGAUCCUUCAGUCGUCGUUCCAGCCGAUGAAGAGACCGGGACAGGCAACGAAUGCCCUUAUUGCUUUCUAACCAUUGCUGACCCGGUCGAGCUUCAUUGUGGGCAUUCCUACUGCCAAGGGUGUUUUGAAGCUUUAUGUCGCGAUAUUGGGGCCAGCGAAAACGCCAUCACCUGCUUUGCAAAUCUAAAUGGUUGUGGGCAGAUGGUCUCUUUGGAGGAGAUCAGAAAGGCUCUUGACAAUAGCACAUUCGAAGCCGUACUGGAGUCUUCCUUCGAACAAUACAUACGAUCUAAACCAGAUCAUAUCCAAUACUGUCCGACUCCCGAUUGCCCAAGUAUCUACACCGUCUCCGAAGCGCCAGGGGUCUUCACCUGCGACAACUGCCUCAUCUCGAUUUGUUCGAAAUGCCGUGCUCUGAGCCACGACGAUCUCACAUGUGAAGAAGCUCAAAGCCAGAGUCGAGUCGAGGAGUUUGUAUCUGACGAGGACAAGAAGAAGCUGGGGAUAUCCAAUUGCCCAAAGUGCAAUGUCCUGAUCGAGAAGAAGGACGGCUGCAAUCACAUUACUUGUAUGUGUGGCAUUCACAUCUGCUGGUUCUGCUUGGCCACAUUCGCGAGUGACGAAGAGUGCUAUGGACAUAUGUACCAAGCCCAUGGGCGCUUCGGCGAGCUUAAUGCCGCAGAAGAGCAAAUCCGCGAGCUGAGAGGUGAUGGCCUCGAAUGGGGCUUGCUGCUGCGUAGAGAAGGAUGGAACAUGGUAGAUCCGGAAGAAGAUGACUGGCCACGCCAGCGACUUGCGGGUUUGUGGCAUUUUUGA